AUGAUGAUCAAUAACCAAGUUAUCCUUGAAGAGGAUUAUGAUGAAAAUUAUCAACCCACAGAGGAUGAGGUAUUGGAGUAUGCGUCUAUAAUCGGUAUAGAUGUACAGACUGAAUCCCACUUAUUAUACAUAGCUAGAGAGGGUAUAAAUGCUCCAUUGCCAGAAAAUUGGAAACCAUGCCAAGAUCCAAACCAAGAUAUUUAUUAUUUUAAUUUUGCAACUGGAGAAAGUAUUUGGGAUCAUCCUUGUGAUGAAUUCUAUCGUAAAAUGGUUGAUGAAGAAAGAAAGCGCCAUCUUCUUGGAAAAAACACAGGUAGUAAAUUAGACAGCAUUUCUUAA